AUGACAUCACGCGCAGACCAGAAUGACAGAUGGGCCUCCUACGCUGGACCUGGUGGAUGGAACGAUCCUGAUAUGCUUGAAGUUGGAAAUGGCGGGAUGUCUGAAGCUGAGUACCGCUCGCACUUCAGCAUCUGGGCACUUGCAAAGGUUUGGGCCGGACCACUCAGCGGCAACAGAAAGGUGGUGGUUCUAUGGAAUAGGCAGGGGCACCAAGCAACCAUCACCACACACUGGUCAAAAGUCGGGCUUCCGGUAUCCGCGGCUGUCACCGCUCGCGAUCUAUGGGCGCACUCGUCAUUCUCCGCUCAGGGGCAGCUAUCUGCAUCAGUGGCGCCUCAUGACUGCAAGAUGUACAUCCUGACACCAAAGUAA